AUGAUGUGCCUCCUGCUCGCCCUGGGCCUGGCCCUCACGUGUGGCACCCAGGCUCUCAGCGUCAUCCGGACCAUGGAGGACCUGGACAUCCAAAGGGUGGCAGGGACGUGGCACUCCGUGGCCAUGGCGGCCAGCGACAUCUCCUUGCUGGACACCAAGAGCGCCCCCCUGAGAGUGAACGUGGAGGAGCUGAGGCCCACGCCCCAGGGCGACCUGGAGAUCUUCCUGCAGAAAAGGGAGAAGGAUGGGUGUGUUAAGGAGAAAAUCAUCGCAGAAAAAACCGAGAUCCCUGCUGUGUUCAAGAUCAACUUCCUGAAUGAGAAUAAGAUCUUCGUGUUGGACUCCGACUACACAAACUACCUGCUCUUCUGCAUGGAAAACACGGCUGACCCCGAGCGCAGCCUGACCUGCCAGUACCUGGCCAGGACCCUGCAAGUGAACGACGGGGUCAUGGAGAAAUUCAACAAAGCCAUCAAGCCCCUGCCCAUGCACAUCCGGCUCUCCUUCAGCCUGACCCAGCUGGAAGAGCAGUGCCGCGUCUAGGUGAGCUCCUGCCGGCGCCCUGGAGGGCCCGGGAGCCUUGGCCCCUCUGGGGACAGAUGACGUCACCCCACCUCCCCCACCAGCAGGGUCAGGAGGCACCAGGACCAAGGUCACCCCUCUUGGGACCCAGGCCCCUCCGGGCCCCACCUGGGGUCUCCUGCUCG